ACAGUGCUGAGCGGGACGCACCGGAGAGACCGCGGGGAAACAUGACGGUGGACAACGCAGUCAGCGACACGAGGAGAGCUGCCUCCGCAGACAGCAGCAGCCGACAGCAGGACGCUGCCGGAGGGCUGUGGGACUCCGUGAAGAAGGCGGCGGUGGUCAUCGGAUCUGGAAUCUUGCUCCUGGCUGCAUUUGGCAACUCGCUGACAUGGCACCUGCAGAGAUUCUGGGGAGCUUCGGGGGAUUUCUGGCAGGACCUGUGGACCAAGCUGCACGUGACGUUCGAGGGUCAUCACACCGCUUUGUUCUACUUGGGGACGAUGCUGAUUCCCACUCUGGCCUUCUGGGUAACCAACGCUCUGCUGCUCCUGGUGGACACCACCGGUAAACCCUCCUUCAUCACUCGCUACCGCAUCCAGCCGGACAAGAACAACCCGGUGGACCCAGCUAAGCUUUGGCAUGCGGUGAAGACGGUGGUCUUCAACCAGGUGUUCAUCUCGGGGCCCAUGGUGGUGGUGGCUUACUACCUGAUGACCCUGUGGGGUGACCCCUGUGACCCCGAGCUGCCCACCUUCCACCGGGCCCUGCUGGAGCUGGCUUUCUUCACCUUCUUGGAGGAAAUCAUUUUCUACUAUUCGCACAGGCUGUUCCACCGCCCCAACCUCUACAAGCGUUUCCACAAACAGCACCACGAGUGGACCGCUCCCAUCGGAGUCGUGUCCAUUUACGCUCAUCCUCUGGAGCACCUGAUCUCCAACAUGCUGCCGGUGGCUCUGGGGCCGGUGGUCCUGGGCUCCCACCUGACCACCACCUGCAUGUGGUACUCCCUGGCUCUGAUCAGCACCACCAUCUCCCACUGCGGCUACCACCUGCCCUUCCUCCCCUCCCCCGAGUUCCACGACUUCCACCACCUCAGUUUCAACCAGUGCUUCGGGGUCUUCGGCGUGCUGGAUCGGCUCCACGGCACCGACGCCAAAUUCCGUCAGACCAAACAGUACGAGCGCCACUCGCUGCUCACCGGCCUCACCCCUCUGAGCGAGAGCAUUCCCGACGCGCCCAAGAAGAGUCUCUGGUGACCUCGUGACCUUUUGAUUCUGGGCUGCUGCUGUGGGAAAAUGAAGGUUCCCAACCUUCAGUGACUAUUAGAUUGUAAUCAUUGAGAUCCAGAGGACCCCAUUGAUCGGUAUAAAUCUGUACUUUUAAUCCCCCCGCCCCCCAAAUAUUGCACUUUUCAUCUCCUCGAAUGUAAAAAUGUGUCUUUUAAUAUUACUUGAGUGUUUAUCAAUAAAACAUUUUAAUUAAGA